CCAAUCAUCUCUUGACAGUUGACAGGAAACGUCAAAUAUUCGCUCUCAAUGACCAAUCAGCGACAGAGGAACGGGGGUGGGGGGUUCUGCCACCCAAUAACCCACGUGACCCUCCUCAGUAGUUCCCAGGCGGUCACAUCGGCAAGCCGGAGACUAUGGAUCAGAGGGUCGGGUUUUUCGUUCUUCUGGCAGCGGGCCUCCUCUGCCUCAGCUUGGCCCCUGUCUCUCGGGCCGAGGACCUGAUUGAGGACAGUCUCGGUGACGACGUGGACGUGGAGGACGAGCUGGAUCUGGGUUUGGCCGGAGGUGAGGAGGAGGAGCUGGAGGAGCUGGAGGGGGACAUGCAGGAUGAGGCUCCAACUGCUCCGAAAACUCCUCCUGCACCGAAGGUGACCUACAAGGCUCCAGAGCCAAUGGGGGAACACUUCAUCGCGGAGUCUUUUGACCGGGGGACGCUUGACGGCUGGGUGCUGUCCAGCGCCAAGAAGGAGGACACCGACGAAGACAUCGCAAAGUACGACGGUAAAUGGGCGGUGGAGGAGAUGAAGGACAGUAAGCUCCCUGGUGAUAAAGGUCUGGUCCUGAAGUCUAAAGCCAAACAUCACGCCAUCUCGGCCCAGCUGCUGCGACCUUUCACCUUUGACACCAAGCCCCUCAUCGUCCAGUACGAGGUGAACUUCCAGUCAGGUAUCGACUGCGGCGGCGCCUACGUCAAGCUGCUGACUCAGACUCCUGACCUCGACCUGGACCAGUUUGUGGAUAAAACUCCGUACACCAUCAUGUUUGGACCCGACAAAUGUGGAGAAGACUACAAACUGCACUUCAUCUUCAGACACAAAAACCCCAAAACAGGAGAGUACGAGGAGAAACACGCCAAGAAACCUGACGCCGACCUGAGGACGUACUACACCGACAAGAAAACACACCUGUACACACUGGUGUUGAACCCUGACAACAGCUUCGAGGUGCUGGUGGAUCAGACGGUGGUGAACAGCGGCAGCCUGCUGACAGACAUGACCCCCCCUGUGAACCCCCCCGCUGAGAUCGAGGACCCCGACGACCAAAAGCCGGAGGACUGGGACGAGAGGCCCAAGAUCCAGGACCCCGCCGCCACCAAGCCCGAAGACUGGGAUGAGGAAGCGCCUGCUCAGAUUCCAGAUGAAGACGCGGUGAAACCGGACGGCUGGCUGGACGACGAGCCAGAGUACAUCGGAGACCCCGACGCUGUCAAGCCUGAGGACUGGGACGAGGACAUGGACGGCGAAUGGGAGGCUCCUCAGGUCCCUAACCCCGCCUGUGAGACCGCCCCCGGCUGCGGCGCCUGGAAACGACCGAUGGUCGACAACCCCAACUACAAGGGCAAGUGGAAGCCCCCCAUGAUCGACAACCCCAACUACCAGGGCGUCUGGAAGCCGAGGAAGAUCUCCAACCCGGCGUUCUUCGAGGACCAGCACCCGUUCAGGAUGACUCCGUUCAGCGCCUUGGGGCUCGAGCUCUGGUCCAUGACGUCCGACAUCUUCUUCGACAACUUCUUCAUCACGGACGACCGCAACACCGCUGAGCGCUGGGCCGCCGACGGCUGGGGGCUGAAGAAGGCCGCAGAGGGCGCCGCUGAGCCCGGUCUGGCAACGCAGAUGCUGAACGCUGCGGAGGAGCGUCCCUGGCUCUGGGUCGUCUACGUCCUCACUGUGGCUUUACCGCUCGUCCUCAUCAUCGUCUUCUGCUGCACCGGAAAGAAGAAGAGCCCAGCGACGCCGGCAGCAGAGUACAAGAAGACGGACGAAGCUCAGCCCGACGUGAAGGAGGAGGAAGAGGAGGAGGAGGAGGAGGAGGAAGAGGAGAAGGCUGAAGAGGCAGAGAAGAGCAGUCCAGCAGCAGCAGCAGCAGAGAAGAGUGACGGAGAGGAAAGCCCUGCGGACAAAGAGGAAGCAGAGAAGGAGGAAGAGAAGGAGGCGACAGCCGACGACGAGUCUAAAAUGACAGCGAGCAACAGCGAUUUUUCAACACCUAAGCUCUUCUCCUCCACAAAAGUUGGAGGACGACGUUCUGCGGAGAUCUCCCAGGAACAGGAAGGUCAGAAGGGACUGAUAUCUCUGAAUCCACAGCCCUGACCUCAACACCCCCCUCCCCUCCCCUCUCCUUCUCUAAAAUCCUCCCCCCUCUUGUUCUACUCCUCUGCUCCGAGGCGAUGAAGCCUAAAUGGAACCCAUGGAAGCAGCGAAGCCGACAGGAAACUAAUCAAGACCUCAAUAUGGACGCCUGAUGAUGAUGAUGAUGAUGAUUCCAGUAUGAACAGGAGUUAGCGUGAUUUAAAGGGUUUUUGUUUUUGAAAGAGAUUAACUGAGAUUAACUAAAACUUCCUGCAUCAUUCCUUAACAACACCUGAGCAGACUCGAACCCACGGGGUCACGUCCCGUCCCGUCCGACGCACCGCCACCCUGAGCUAGCAAGUGGCCCUGCCUACCAACAGCCUGCUAAUUAGCCCUCAGCAACUUGCUAAUUAGGCUCCUGACAGAUGGAUAUUUGGCUAUCAACACCCGCUACUUAGCCUACAAUCUGAGAGAGCCUACCAUGAUCUUGCUUGGGCUACUAACAGACUGCUAAUUAGCCUAAUAAUUAAGACAGGAGCAGUUAGGCUUAUCCUACCAAAAGUCUUGUUAAAUAGUCCACCAACAGGCUGCUAAUUAGGUUAACAACAGUCAGGAUAACCAUUCACACGGUCAAGGAAAUAAAACCAAAAGUCUUGCUAAUUAGACUGUUCAAUAGCCUAGAAACUAUUUGCUAUCAACAGUCAAUAGCUAGCAAACAAUCUGAAGUAGCCAUCUUCCCGCUUGGGCUACCCACAGUCAGCUAAUUAGCCAACUAUCAGGGUGCUUAUUAGGCUAACAGUAGUCAGAGUUAUCCAACAAAUGGUGAGAGAAUUCUCCAACCAAAAGUCUUGCCAGUUGGCCUACAAACAGGCUGCUAAUUAGCCCACAAACACUGUGAUUAACUUUCCAACUUUCCAGGCUAGCAGCUAGCUUGUGAGCAACACACAAAUUCACCUGCUAACAGUUGAUUUAUGUCUGUGAGUCUGGAAAAUUGUUAUCCUACAAAUGGUCAGGGAAUUAACCUACCAAAAGUGUUGCUAAUUAGUCUUCUAGCCUGCUAAUUAGCUACUACAAUUUAACAGCGGGCUGCUAACAAGGCAACAAAUAAUGUACUUACCAACAACUAGCUAAUUAGCAUGCUAAAAGCUAAUUCACCUACUAACAGUUGGCUCAUUAGCCUUCCUAGAUUUUACAAAUUAGCUAGCAUCCUAAAGUAACCCGCAGUUUAUUGAUUUACCGCAGCAGGCGACAUGCUAAUAUAUUAAAAUAAUAACUGGCAACACUCCAGCUGACACAACGUUUUCUUCCUUUUUCAUCUCAUUUUCUUGUCAUUUAAGUGUUUUUUUUAGUUCGAAAGCAGUUAGCUCCACGUUAGCACCACUGGGAACACACAGCGCUCAUGUUUUCUCCUCAGUAUUUCUACUGUGUUUUAUUGUCCUGGUGGCAGCGGGGAAGGUCAGAGGUCAUCCACAGGGUCAGACCGCAGAACCUAAAAUGGUUGGAGAGAGUCAGAGCUGGAUUUUUAAUUGCACGUGUAGUUAACUGUGGUGAGCGGCAGGUGUUUUUGUUACCUGGCGCUGAUCUUGUCAGACCGGUCCUGGCUUGGCACGCCUCAGUCAAAAGAGUCGAGUCAGCGUUGUGAUGGUUACUGGCAGCAGCAGACGAGCUUCUGACACCAAAACCCGUUUAUAUCCACGGCUCGUUCGCAACAAAUGAAAACCUCAUAUCUCCAGUUCUUGUCUUGUGACACUUUGGAGAUACAAGGUUUUCACUCUCUUGUAGUCCGUUAUUGCAGAUCCUAUUUUCUUGAGAGAGUUCAGCCCAAACAAACGCGAUGGCGGCUCGUAUCCCUGGUUAGUUCCUCCCCGUCCAGUUGAAGAGUAUUUUCGGAGUUUUAGGUCCCUGAGUUUAGGCUCCCAGGCAGAGACGAAACCAGGAUCUGAGACGGUUUCUCAACCAACAUCUCAGCUUCAGAAUCGUGUUGUUUUUUUUUAAUAAGAAAAAAUUCCCGCGCUUCCAGUUUCACGCUUCCUUUUUGCAUUUCAAGUCCCGCGUUAAAAGUUCCUUCAGUCAGGAAAAUGAGCUGCUGUCGUCUUUUUGUUUGGUGCUUUAAAAAAUCUUCGUGUCAGCAGGUGGACGGACACCCAGUCCCUCUUUCAUCGACCCCAUAUGAAAAGAAAAAGGCACUAAGGGGGAAAAACUCAGGCGCUUAAUCUCACACCUGUCCACCUGCGGCACCGCCGGUCACCGCCGCCCCCCCUGAGUCCAUGUUGGAGUUUAGCCCCAUGUUGAAAAGAGACAGCACUUGAGCGUGAAAGUUAAUUCUUAACCAUGGAAAUAUCUUCUUGACAAAAUUAAUGUCAAGUCAAGGUCCCUUACUAGCUUUUCUCCAGAGCUUUCAACUGCAUCUCGCGGUCUUCAUCGAGGGAUGAUGUUUGAUCGAUUGUGCCAAAAGUUCAUCCGUGACAGAAGUUCCAUACUGGGUCACAUCGAGACAACUGAGCAAAGUUUAUCCACUGAUGAAGACCACGAGAUGAGGUUGAAAGCUCGGGGGGGGAAAAAGGCUAGCAAGUGGACCUUGAUUUAAGUCAAAACAGAAACUCAAAGUUGAUUAAAUUUAUUGAACUGAAAUAUUACGGAUUAUAACGUAAACUAGUUUUGUUGUCGUCAUCGUCUGCUGCUGCUGCCGCCGCUUGACGACUUCCUGUUGGGCGGCUGCCGGUCACGUGACCUCAGUUACGGGCUGGGAAAUGGCUGCCAGUCGCGCCUAAAAACCAGCACAUGGCCAGAAAGCGUAACCUGCCAUAGUGGACGUGAAUAGUGGCGUUUUCCUGUUAGCAGCAAAGUCUGAGACUGACGUUCACUCUGCUCGUCUGUCCGCUCGUCCAACUGUUGACCAGCGUUACAUCAGUGACGUCGCUGACCUUUCCUCUAGCGCCGCCAUCAGGACACUUUCUCUCCAUUAGCGGUGAAACUCUGCGAAGGACUUUCGUGAUCACGAGAAAACAAACAAACGCACGAGAAAUAAUUCCAUGAACUUUGCCUGUAAAAGAAGCGAACUUGGGUUCAGCGUCGUCAUUAGUUAUGUGUGUUUUUUUUUUUUUAAUUAAUCAUGAAAUCACGAGGAUUAUUACGCUGAAGAAACUAGACGAGUACGUGAGAUUACGUGCUGGUAAAAGAGGCGGCGAUCCGACUCCGGUGUGAGCGAGCGCGCUCACCUCUGUGGCGUCAGUGUACAGUUCGGAGAGUUCAAUAAAAUUAAAAAUAAAACCGGGUUUUUGUGAAUCUGAAAGUGUGUUGAAAAGAAACUACAUUAGUCCAGUCUUGUAUCCAUGAAGUGACUGUUUACGUGUCUGUUUCUGUCCCUUGUUGUAUCACACUUCAGUUUUCCAGAUGGUUAAACAGCUAUAAACGUCUUCCUGUCGAUUUUUUUUAAAUUCGGGUCAGGAUUGGCUCUUCCCACCAGUGAUGAGCAAGCUCUGUAGCGAUUGGCUGAUGGGUUUUGACAGGCGGUUGGCGGGGAAAAGCCAGAGCUGAUGAGUUUUUUUUUUUUUUUUAAGAGUCUGACGUGUUUUGUCGGUGAGUUCAGAUUUUGGGCCUCGAGGUGAACUGGAGUUCCCUGCUUCCAUGUCAGGUGACCUUUAACCUUUUUUCUUUUUUUAUUAUUUUUCUCCUCUUGGGGGGUAAAAACGCAAGCUAGUUCAGUUUUGGCUGCGAGCUCUGCUGCUUUUAGUCUUCAUUUCUUUCCUGUGCUGUCGCUCUGAAGUUGAAGUGUUUGGAAUAAAGAAUUUUUAAAAAAACGCUUUAGAUGACAAAUGGCCUCCGGCGGCAGCAUUACAUUCCCGCGUUGAAUGUAUGUUUCAGCCACACUCUUCAUCGUCUCCCUCCUUUUAUUUUUUAUUAGUCUAAUUGUUUUAGUUUUGUCCGGUCGUGUCCGGCUGAAGCUGCCUAGCUAACAGACUGUAGACUGAACACUGUAUCUGCUGGUUGAACUUUACAUGACUCUGUAACUCUGUACUUUUUAUUUUUUUUGACAUUGUGUUUGAACUAAAUUUAACUGUUGGCCCGGCCUGUUUCUGAUGUACACACUAUGUAGAGAGAUGGACCUGCUGACGCACCGCACGAAGGUCCAACUUUGAAAAGAAAUACUGUGAUGAUGGAGCCCGACGUGUGCGUGUGGACACGCAGUCAACAUUUGUUUUGAUGAAUAAAAAAGGCCAAAUGGAAACUGAA